GUUCAAUAAACUGGUCCGCCCGUUUCAAGUUUGGCCUUGGCGCCAUUUAGCCUAUUGUCUCCAAAUCACUCGUCAUAUGAAAUGAGAUAGAAUGAGUCAGAAAGACGCGAACAAAGUGGUGACGGUUGUUGCCUACUUGUGUCAAGGUGACAAGUCAAAGGAAAUAUCGUACACGGAUGCCAAAGUCAUAGGGAACGGAUCAUUUGGCGUUGUGUAUCAAGCCAGACUCCUGGAAACUGAUGAAAUAGUCGCUGUAAAAAAAGUUCUUCAGGACAGGAGGUUCAAGAAUCGAGAAUUGCAAAUUAUGCGUCAGCUAGACCAUCCAAAUAUUGUGCAGUUAAAGUACUUCUUUCACUCUGUGGGUGACAGAAAAGAUGAUGUCUAUUUAAAUUUGGUCCUUGAAUUUAUUCCGGAAACCGUAUAUCGUGUUGCCCGAAGAUAUGCCCGUCAAAAGGAAACAAUUCCUCUUUUAUUUGUAAAGCUAUAUAUGUACCAACUUUUCCGAAGUUUGGCUUACAUACAUCAUAAAGGUAUUUGUCAUCGGGAUAUAAAACCCCAAAAUUUACUUUUAAAUCCAGCAACAGCUGUUUUGAAAUUAUGUGAUUUCGGAAGUGCGAAAGUUUUAGUUCGCGGUGAACCUAACGUUUCUUACAUAUGUUCCCGUUAUUACCGGGCUCCUGAAUUGAUAUUUGGUGCUGUGGAUUACACAUGUCAGAUUGAUGUUUGGUCAGCUGGUUGUGUACUUGCUGAACUUUUGUUAGGCCAGCCAAUUUUUCCUGGCGAAAGCGGUGUAGACCAGCUUGUUGAAAUUAUAAAAAUCUUAGGUACUCCUUCCCGCGAACAAAUUCACGAAAUGAAUCCUGACUAUCGGGAAUUUAAAUUUCCACAGAUUAAACCUCAUCUCUGGUCAAAAGUUUUUCGUCCUCGCGUUCCAUCGGAAGCAAUUCAGUUGGUGUCACAGUUACUUGACUACACACCCUCAAAACGUUUAGAACCGUUAGAUGCUUGUUUACAUUGCUUUUUCGAUGAGUUAAGACAAGAAGGAACUAGACUUCCCAAUGACAGACCUCUACCUCCAUUAUUUAAUUUGACACCCUACGGUGAGUAUCUGAAUUUCACUAUUAUUAUUAGCAUCAUUAUGUUGAUUAAUUGUGUAAUACUGCAAUAUAUUUGUCUGUUCUUUACGGAUAAAAAAUUGCUUCUCUACUGUCAGGCUAUAUUGAAGCAUCGACAACAUGUUUGAUGUAAGUUAAAACACUGAAAUUUUGAACUGUUUUACAUCAUAUAAACAUUAUGCUUAGUUUAAAUCAAGUCAUUAUUGUGUGUAUCUAUACUGUUGACUAUCAAAUGGUGUUGCUAUCCUGAUAUCUGAAUGUUCUCUUCAUUUAUUCUAUUUUUAGCCUAAUUCUUACGCUAUAAUAAAGUGUGUAUAAAAAUGUUAAUUUGUAUACCGAUUUUGUUUGAUUACUUAUUUCUGUUCUUUUUUUUUUCUUUCUUUCUUUCUCUCUCUCUCUCUCUCUCUCUCUCUCUCGAUAAUUGUAAGCUGUAUUUUCAAUAUCAAUAAAGUUUUACACUUUUCCAGGUACGAAUUUAAUGUUCACAUAAAAUUGAUUUUUAUUAAUUUCGUAUUUAUUGUUCUGUAUAGUAGUGUAUAACUCAACAAAAUUACUUAUUAUCUAUAUUUUAAACAAACUCCGACUGUAACUCUCUCAGGGUUACUGCCGGUCCGAACCUCGGGUAAAGGAGGAGGGUUGGGCAUGGGGUCAGCAACCCCAUCCCGUAGAAAACAACCUUGCUAUGAAACACUAACCAAAAUCAACAUAUUAAACCAUCUAGACUCUGCCAUAUCCGUAGGUUAAUAGUAUUUGAUCAUACGUGCCUUCGAAAUAUUGCUCGUAUAUCCUGGGACCAUCGAGUAAGUAACGCAGUUGUUAGGAAACGGGUACUAGUUAAGCAUGGCAAAUCAAUUGAUGACGUAGUGAAACUUCAUCAGUUGAGAUGGCUGGGACACGUGUUACGUAUGCCCAACGACCAACUGCCUCUACGUGCGAUGUUCAGUGGUAUAGAAGUAGGUUGUAAGAAAGCUAGGGGCGGCCAGACCAAAACAUGGCACAAGUCCAUGAAGUCACUGACAAGUGGACUGAGUCAUGUUGGUAGGUGUAGACUACGUGGUUGGGGACAGCGAGAUGAUAGCAACCGAUGGUUAGAGACCCUGAAUGACAUGGCUCAAAAUCGUUUGCAGUGGCGCAGGUGCAUCCACUUUUUGUGUUCUCCCAAAUUCUAAUCUUCUGACUUCUUCAUAUCCCUUUCUUUUUUCUCUUUCCAAAUUUAUUUCACUGGAUUAUACUCCUUGAAUAACAUCUUCAAACCCUAACUUUUCUGAUUACAGCUUAUAAUUUUACUACAUCUAGCACUACGGGAUUUGAAUCGACCACUGCAUCUCUGUGCUAAUGUGGUGUGGUAACUCGAACUGAUGUACGAACGUACGAAGUUCUACGUUGUCACUGACUGACUAGACUCUGCCCUCCGAAUUGAAAGAAGAAUUAUGACGCCUCAUGAUGAAAGUCGAGAUUCUUUGAAAGUCAUGAGGCUGAUGCCCUUUCUAACAACCAGAGCGACAAUUUUUAUAAGUAAAUGGAACGUCAGGAUAAUGUGCGAGACCGGGAGAACCGGUCAAAUAGCAAAGGAAAUGACGGGAUAUAGCUUGGUGGUGCUCGGAAUCAUUAAAACCCAUUGGAUUCAAGCUGGACAACAAAUGUUAGAUUUGGGAGAGAUGCUGCUAUACUCAGGUCACGAACAGGAAAAUGCCUUACAUACAAGGAGUUGCACUGAUGCUGUCCAUUGAAGCACUGAAGUCGGACAUAGAAGUAACUACGAAUAUUCUCCACAUUGUAAUCAGGAUUUGGGAGGGAGAAGUGCCACAGGCAGACUGAAAAUAAGGAUAUCUCAUCAGAAUACCAAAGAAAGGAGAUCUGAGCAAAUAUGAGCACUACAGAGACACACUACUAUCGGUACCAGGAAAGGUUUUCAACACGGUGUAGCUGAACCGGAUGAAAGAUUCAGUAAACACUCAACUUUGAGAUCAACAGCCUGGAUUCCGUAAUAUGAUCGGUCAUGUACAGACCAAAUCUCCCUUUUCUCUUCCGGUGGUUGACUUGAUUAUGAAAUCCUCCACAUCUGACGGGAAGCACGGAAUACAACGGACAGGUUGGGUGCAACUAGACGAUCUGGACUUCACAAAUGACUUAGCUGUUCCAUCCCAUACACACGAGCAAAUGCAGAUCAAGACAACCAAUGUGGUAUCAACCUCUGCAACAAUAGGCCUCAACAUACACAAGGGAAAAAGUAAAAUCUUCAAAUACAACGUGGAGAACAUCAACCUAAUCACAUUUGACGGAGAAGCUUGGGAAGAGGUGAAAACUUUCACGUAUCUGGGUAGUAUCAUCGAUGAAUAAGGUGGAUCUGAUGCAGACGUAAAGGCAAGGAUUAGCAAAACAAGUACAGCAUUCUUACACUUCAAGAAUAUAUAGAACUCAAAACAACUGUUAACCAACAUCAAAGUUUUAAUCUUCAAUACGAACGUCAAAACGGUUCUACUAUACGGAUCUGGAGCUUGGAGAGCUACUACAGCCAUCAUCAAAAAAGCACAAGAAUUUAUUAACAGUUGUCUACACAAAGUACUGAAUGUCUGUUGACUGGGUACCAUCAGCAACAACCUACUGUGGGAAUGAACAAACCAGUUUCCAUGUGAAGAGGAAAUUACGAAAAGACGCUGGAAGUAUGUAGGACAUACAUUACAGAAACCAUCAAACUGCAUCAGUAGGCAAGCCUUAACUUAGAAUCCUGAAGGGAAACGGAAAAGAGGACACAUUGUGUUGGGAAUUGGAAAUGGUUAUCGAAAUAAUGAUUAGCAACUGCAAAGGAUUGCCCAGGACAGAAUUGUAUGGAGAAUGCUUUUUGGCGGCCUAUGAUUCUCCAUGAGGGGUAAGAGGCGUAGGUAGGUAUGUCAGUAUAAUUCAAACAAGAAAAAUACAUGUGAAAUUGAGUGGUAAAAUUAUUAUUUAAAUUUAACAUCACUCGUUCAUAAUUUACAACAUAUCUCUGUGAUAGUUAUUCCAAUUAUCAGUAUUGCGUACUUUUUUUAGGAACUAUCGAUUUCAAAUAAAAUAAUACUAAUCUGAUGAAUUUGUCAGCCAAUUGUAAUAAUCAAUAUUACUUGAAAUUGUUAGAAUGCCCUCUUGAUUGAAAUAAUCCUUUUCCUAUUCUAUGAUUUUUUAAAUAUUUCCUCCAAAUUCCCUGGUAUGACAGAGGGUCAGGAGAGCUAGCUCUCCUUCUCGAAAUGCUUUCACAGUCACUCACGCAGCAAUCCUACUCACUGCAUUCUCGCAGUGGGUUUAUUGUUCAUGAAAUUGAGAGGACGAAAAGCGAAUAUUCGGUGCUUUAACAGGGUUGGUGGACAUGGGGGGUCCACCUAUGGUAUUUGGAAAACCUAGAUUCCAAACCAAUGAUGAACAUGGGCUCCAUGAUCCUAAGGGAAUGAAUGGUUUAUGAACCUAUUAUUGGUCACCAGCUACCAUGGGACUGCAUCUCCUGACGUUGCUUGACUGCCUUGUGCAUUAGACCUUUCGGUCGAAGACUCCUGGUGUAACCGCCUAAGGAGACCACCUUUUCUGUCUGGGCACCCGAGCAGUACCACAGUCCACACAAAAAUCAAGUGACUUGUGUGGCGCAUAUGUGUUCAGUGCUCCUUUGUACCAAUAUUUAUGUGUUCAAAUAAUAGUAAUCUGUUGAUUUCGUUUUUAUACUUUUAGAAAUGACUAUGCGAGAUGAUAUGUACAAAUUUCUCCCACCUUCUCGAACAUCCGGAGGAGCUGGGGGAUCAGAGUCAAGUUUACCACCUACUUCGGAUCUUUCAAUGGUAGAGCAACCACAACCGCAUCAUAUAACAGAUGCUGUUGAUCGCACGGGACAAAAUCACAAUCCCUCUACAUCAGAAGGGAGUAAAUUAUCGGAUUCAGAAAUUCGAUUAGCAGUUGUAGCUCCAUCUCGUAGUUCGGAUAACAUACAACUCAUAUCAAAUAACAGUAACAACAAUGAUAAUAACAACAAUAUUGAUAUACCUCAUCAAUUGAAAGAUUCCUGCCAUGAAGAGUUAGAAUCUAGGAAUAUUCAAGGUGUCAAUAGUUAAAGAUAAUGAUCACAUUGUGUCUAUCUAUAAAAUUUAUUCACUAUAUUUGUCCUCAUGUGACAUUUGUUAAAUUCCGAAAUUCAAUAUCACGAAACAAGGAUGAAAAACCAUUCGACUCAGGUUUCUCGUCCAGUUUAUUCCUCCUGAGACAAGUACUAAUUAUAUACAUGUACAAAUAUUUACCAAUAUAAUCAGUAAUAUUUCUUAAGAUUAAUGAAGCUCCUUCCUGUAGAUGACAAUCAAAAUAACACAGAAUUAUAGUGACAAAGUAAUUUGUUUUAUUCCUAUUUUAGGAUUUCACUUAUUUUCCAUUUCUGUACAAACAUACUCUCACAUUCACAAUUUAAUGAUCAUUUCUCAUGUAAUUUCAAUCAUAUCCACUCUCUUUCAAUCACUUUAAUUAACAACAUCUACAUAUUUUGUGUUUUUUUUUUUGUUCAUUCAUGUAUGCUACAUUUAAUGUUGUAGUUUGUUUAUUUUCAACAUUGGCACUUUGUUUUUUUUAAUCAUUUUUUUCUGACUACCUUACUUUGUUUGUUUUUCCUGCCUAAAUGUGACAUUGCUGUUUGAAAAGUAAAUGAAUAGUCGUUUACACGAAAUAUCCUUUGGUUACAACUCUUUAUAUUGUCUUCUAACUAUUUCUGUUUUUUAAGUGAUAAUCAAGGAAAGUAUUUGUUUAUUAAGUGGUACAGUGCAACAUUUAAAAAUUUGUUUUCUAAAUGUAUGUCAACUGUAAUGUUUCUUUAUUUUUUUUCGUAGUGUUUUCUUAACAUUCUCUUAAAUUACAGUUGUUUAUCAUUCCUGUUAUUAAUACUGCAUGCGGCGCCCGAUAAACAUUAUAUAUAUAUAUAUAUAUAUAUAUAUAUAUAUAUAUCGGUUACAAAACAGACAUCUUUCUUUCACAUAUUACGGCAUUUUUUCUCGUCACUGCUCUCCUGUUGGUUCGUCUUUCAUAUCAUAUCAUAUAUAAAUACAUAUAUAUGCCAUUAUAGAUUAUAAUUAUAGACAAGUAUAUCAAUUUACGAUCAUGAUGUUUAAUAGAAUCCUUGAACAUUUUUCUUUCCGUAUACACCACUUUGUCUUUUUUUGCAAUGACUUUAAUGAAUAUUUCUGUCCAUUGGAAACUUAAUCAGUAGAUAGGCAGGCUGCAAAAAUAUGUGGACUAGUCACAUUACAAACAAUAUUUUAUGUAAUGAUUUGUAUUUGAGGGAAAUAAUUUCAAUAAUUAAAGGAACCACUGAGUUACAGAUUGACAUGUUGUGAUUUCACAUUCACUGAUCUCUAUUUCUAUAUAAUACGCACCUUAAUUAGUUAUAUGGGAGAAAAAUGCGUUUACUUUGUGUGUUUAUCUACAUAUACUUUCGUACCUACGUGUUAUUCUGUCAUAUUUCUAUGAACAGUUUUUAAUUUUCCGUGCGUAUCUAAUGUAAUAUAUUGAUCAAUAUAAUAUACAUAUGUAGUACAACUUGUGUUCUUUUCUAUCAUUCAUAUGUAAUCAUCUUUUAUUUAAUUCACCAACGUAUAACUAUUAAUCCUAGUUCUGUCCAAAAUUUAAGCUGUUAUAAAUUACAUUACAAUAUCAAUCCCCUCCCAUAUCUGUGUAAUUGAAUAAUUACACAAACCAUAUAUUAUAUUUUGUAUCAUUAUGAUAACUGUCACUCAGUUUAUUCAAGAAAAGCAAAAAUGAAGGAGAUUAAAUAAAGAAUUUGUAAACUUUGUCAACUUUGUGCUUUUUCUGUGCUAUAUUUCUAUUUCUUCUUUCAUACAUAAUAAAUAGUAAGUGGUGGUCUAGCUGCAUAGUCUUUUUAAUUCUAAAAAAUCAAACAGUUUAGUGUCUGUUCAGAAUUCUUAACCGUUUAUUAAUAUAAUGAAUACUUAUACGUGAAUAUCGUGUAGGACGAUGUAAAAUAAUCGGUCUUAUAUACUCGAGUAUAAGUUGAGACCGCCAUUUUGUAAUUGAAUUUAUAAAAGUAAAUAGUUAUUGUCAAACACCAUAAAGUAUAUUUACUUAGCUCUUAGUGAAUUCAUGAAUUAGUACAAAGUUAUAUCCACUCCUGGUUUUUUUUCAAGUUACCAUUAUUAUUAUUGCAAGUAACAACCACUUUAUGGUUCGUUUAUACAGAUAACAUGUAAGACGCCUGACAUAUUACAUACACGAACAUAGUAACUAAGUUUUUGUAAGCGGAAUACUGUUAUCAUUUGCAAACUUUCGACUGGUUGGAGGAAAUCUAUGCCUUGUAGCAGCUCUUCUAAACUUCUAUAUAUUUAUGAUCAUCAUUACUCCUAAUACUACUCCGUUCAAAGUCAAUUUACUGAAGGUCGACCCUAAAAAUGCACAUCUCACCUUAUCCCACGGAUAUCCGUCUCCGACGGUAAGGUCUCAACAAGUACGGAGCUAACACAAAAACUACUCAUAAAAAGGUCGUGUGUGACCGACCUCAAGCAUCUGUCCCUUGGGCACUGCGGUCACGCUCUCAGAUCACUAUGACCACCUCUAAUCCAAUUUCCUUUUCAGGUACCUCCGGAAGAACCCUUCCACGGUGUGGGCAACUGGGAAGUGAUAACCGCCUUCAUAACUCUAACAGCACUCAUAACUGACUGACUGGAGGUCUCAUUUUUGUCCUUUAAAGACUACAAUUCUGUCUUCAUUUGAAUAAACCAACUAAUUGGCAGUUAGUUUACCGCAUGACUAGGUACACCAAAUAUCACUUCGCUAUGGCAUGAUGUAUUGGUGUCUGUUACUCUACUAAUAACUGGCAAUUUUUCAGGUUGGCAUUUCUCUUGUCAUACUGCUUUUUACAUAUCUUACGUCUCAUCACUGGUUUACUCAAAAAGCUAUUUUUCCAAUUAGUUCAUAAGUAGCCCUCAAUAUUUCAUGAAUUUUCUGAGUUUCUCAGGUUUCGUCGUAAACUUUAGUUCUGAAGUUUUCACACAAAAAUUAUUAUAUCAAGUAGUAUAUAGGAUUAUUUCAAGGAGAUGCUCAUUCCCAAAUUUGUGUGCAAAUUGUCUGUCAUACAUGGUAUAUUCAGCUUUAAUGAGUCGGAAAGAUAUUUUUGCAUGUUGUCUCUUGCUGACUAGAAAGCUAGGUUUUGGUAUGAAGAGUAAAUUAUUAUUACAAUAGUUUCUGUUGGUACAUUGAUCUGUUAUUUACAAUUGAUUGAUUACUGAGUAGGGACCAGUGUCAUGUAUGUCAAGUCUUUUUCAGUUCUGAAUCGAUCUAGUUGUAAUAUGGCCAUUAGUCUUACUGACUCGAUAUCGUGUGCACUAUGCUGAGGUGUAAGUUGGCGCUUGGAGGUGGUCAACAAGAAACUGGAGCUGAGUUUUGUCCCCUUUGACUUUCUCCAGCAAGAUGUACCUGUAACCUAAUUGGAACUGAUACUCCCUAAUAGAUUCGAUCCUGUGUCACAGCUUCGUAAUCAGAGAAUAUCCAGCUCAAUGAACGUUGUAGUGUUGGUCGCUAUUUCAAGCCCAUAUAGUUUCCGGACGGGCCAAUUUAUUCAUUCUUCUUGAGUCACAUUUUGACCUUGUUAAUUAUUCGCUUAUUAACCUUGACUUUUUAUGUAAGCGUAUGUGUAUGCAUUUCUUAUCUUACACGUCACAUGUCUGUAACUUAUUUUUGUUCGGCUAUAAAUAUCGAUUCACACUUGGUUAAAUCGAGUUGGCUUACAUGCCUUCACCGCGCGUUGUUUCACUUCACUCUCUCCUCUUCGUUUAUCUGGAUCAACCAUUGUAUGCAAUAUACGUAUUGGAAAUUCAUCCUUGUAUUUGACUUAUUUAAUUCUGUUAUUCGCCAACGUAUAUUAAGUCGGUAAUUAUAUGCGAGGAUUGGCGGCAUGUAUAUUUCAAUAAAAAUCAAUCAUACAAUCAUUUAUAUCAUCCAAAUGGAGUCAGAUCUCGGGCCACAAAAACGCAAUACCGCCAAAGAAUUGGAUGGUGGCACUUACUGUAACAUAUACGGAAGUUCAUGUUUGUCAUAUCAGUUUCACUAUAUAGAUUGUGCUUUUCAUAUUACCUCAUGGUUGCUAGUUUAAUAUUUCUUGCUUCACAUUUGUAUCUAAAUUCAGUAUUCCCACUUGACAAACUACCAAGUUACUGAAUUAAUCCGAGUCACCCACGUUUCCAUCAUAUCUUUGUAUUGGUUGAAGAAUUCGUAAACAGCCAUACAUUUAAUAAUGACAUUUGUGUUCAUAAACAAGACAUCACAUACCGAUAUUGUUUCAGCCCAAUGAUCAUCGGUAGUGAUCUUAGCUUAUGUAUAAUUAGUCAAUAAAUUUUCCUCAAAAAAGAUUUGUGUACAUAGCUUUGAAAGGUUUCGUGAACAAGUAUUUUCAUAUAAAAUUCGAUAGCUUUACUGUUCACUUCAUAUGUGUGUAAUAGUGAACAUCUGGUUUUGGAUUACUAGCUGUAAGGCCUUAUCAAAUGCUUGUCGUAAAGACGUAACCAACCAAUCCAGGUUAAUAUACACUGUGAUUCUUUAUGAAAUUUAUGCAAUUACUGGAAUAAUCCAUAAUAAAUAUUCGGUUUAAUAAUUAAACUUAUCUACAUAUUUUCUGUUGUACCCACUCAUUGCUUCGGGAAUUCUGGAAGCAUUAUUAAUAUGCAAAAUGAAAACUAGAUUUGUGUAUACGAAAAUAGUUUGCUAUAUUCCUUUUUUUUGCUACACCCACUAGUUUUUUUUUUAUAUAUUCACGUUGUUUUGUAAGUUUUAUGUUUUCACCUUCAAGUUACAGGCAACCUUAUCAUUACAGUUGAAUAAAUUCCAAUAAAAUUUACUGAUUUCAUUCAUCUUAUCAUCAUUAUAACUUGAUAUCACCUGAAACCAUUUCUCUUUCACAAUGAUUUUCAUGUAUCUAUGUGAAAAAUUACAUCGAAACCUUUAAUCUUGUAAAUUUAUUUUUGACCUUUAAUCUGUUAUGUUUCCUGUAGUUUUCAGUCAGUCUGAUGAUUCAUUUAUUUAUUAAUAAUUAAUAGUUAUUACAUAUUACACUCCAUAAUUUCCACUCACUUUAUAUAUGUAUAUUCAUAUGUAAAAAUUAUUCAUAGUAUCAACUAUUUCAUAUGAAUACAAUAGUACAUACAACAUUAAAUUAUGAAAUCUUUGAAGAGAACAAAGUGUUUUUUUCUGAAAAUAUUUAUUGUACUAUUAUAUUUAUUUAUAAGUGCUUGUGUUUUAUUGUUGCACAGGAUAGGGGCUACCUGGACUCAAUAGUUCAGUGGUUAACACUUUGGAGUUAAUGUCACGAGUUCAAAGUUCUUGUGUGAACAUGAACACUGGACUGCAGGUAUAUCCAGUUAACUAGUUUCAAAUUCACCGCCUAGAUUCAAAUGCUAACCACUGUUCAGCUUUGUUAUUCUAUUUAUUGACUUGAUUUGCCGGGUUUUGUUUUGUAGAAGCUGAAUGAAUCAUACCCACAAGUAUGAAAAUACUGUUAAUAAUUGAAUUCAUUAAAGCACAUAUUGAUCGAAAGAUUUUAAUAGAAUGCGUUCGGAUGUAAUAAAUUAAAAAAAAGAUAAGAUUAGAUGUAAAUUUGAGGUAAAGAAAAAACAAAAAAAUUAUAAAACAGAACUUAGGGCGAUAUAUAUGUAUAUAGGGAAAUUAGUAGACAUGGUAAUGAAAGCGAUUUCUCAAUCUGUUUUUAUAUGCAAAUAUCUGGCUUUUGUUCUGUAUAUAAUCCAUGUUUCUCCUAUCAUAGACAAAAUUUGUAGAUACGCGCUUCCGUGGAUCUGGUUUUAUUUUAUAAGUAGUCUCGAAUACUUUGUCAGAUACUGUCUGACCAACUACGUGUUGCACAACAGACGAUUUAAUACUUCUGCAUUAUCCUUAAUCGAGCCACUCGGAGAGGUGCAAUAUAAUAUAUAUUUCUGGUAAUUAUGAAUUCCAUAUGAAAUAUAAUAAUUUUAGUGAUAAUUACUGAUAUUAGCUAACUUCGAUUGGAUAACUAUGAUGAAUCAGGAGUGGUGACUAUCUGUUGAAGCUCCUAAUCGGUACUCAAUCAUUAUGCCACAUGAGUUAAAGCCUUGGACAUUCGGAUUUCUUGGCGAUCACAAUUUCAUGGGGAAUACUAUCUUUAGAAUCAUGUAAAUGUCACCACGAACUCCCUAAGUAGUUAAUAACAGUCUGCUCAUUAUUGUCUGCCUUCCGGAAUAGUCGUCGCCGAUAUGCCUCUGCAACUUAAACCUGGGCACAGAUUGACCACAUUGAGAUCAGCUUCUAAUAGUAUGGAUGCAUACAGAGUUGCUGCCCUUUUUGGACUGCCUAUCGGGAUUCUGUUCAUGCGUUGCUUUGACCUAAACAUACCCUGGGUUUUGAAAACCAGCAUACCCAUCGUCCUAAACAGAUUAAUUCAAGGAUAUUGUCUGCAACUUCUUGCAAUCAAAUAUCCAAUAAAAGGUGAAAAUAACCACUGGCUUCAUUUGUAUGUCGUCAUGGAACUGAGAA